UCCCGUCUUUUUCCAAAAUGUUUUGAUUCUAUAAAUCGUAUUUUUUAAUACCGAUUUGAUUAGCAUUAUUCUUAUAAAGUAUAUUUCAUACUUAUAGUUUAUACUUUAUUUGUUUUACUUUUGUCUUUCACGUCGGGCAGGCCAACAGCCAGUGCGUACUAUUGGAUACUAUUGGAUUAGAGCGCGUCACAAAGCUUUCUUAAACGUAAUCAUGAAAUUAGUCAAAUUUUUGAUGAAACUCAGUCAUGAAACUGUGACAUUAGAACUUAAAAAUGGUACUAGUGUUCAUGGCACUAUUACAGGUGUUGAUGUAGCAAUGAACACUCACCUUAAGGCUGUUAAAAUGACUGUUAGAAACCAACAACCUAUACAUUAUGAAACUCUUAGUAUUCGAGGUAACAACAUUCGGUACUACAUUUUACCUGACUCUCUUACUCUUGAAACCCUAUUAGUCGAUGAUGCUCCCAAAUCACGAAUGAAUCGUGGUGGACGAGGAGGUCGUGGAGGGCCAGGAAGAGGUGGUCGUGGACGUGGUGGUCCAAGAGGACGAGGAGGUCGUGGAGGGCCACGUGGAAGCGGUGGUGGACGUGGGCGUGGUGGUCCACCUCGGCGUUAAUACUUGCAUAAAUUAUUCAAUUUGAAAUCAAACUUGUGUAUUUUCAAAUUUGUAUGUGUAUUGGUCUUUUUUAAAAAUAUUUAAACUUUAUUUAUCAAGUUUUAUAAUAAAUUGUCCUUUAUAUUUAAUUGUCUAAUACUUAUAAAUACAUUUAAUAAACAGUACUAUAUACCUAAUAUAAAUGUAUUUAAUAUUAGAACUGAUCAUAUGACUUAUUAUUUGGUAGAGAUACUGGAAAAAGCAUUAAUUAAGUUUUCAGCUAUUGAAAAGCUUACAUACUUUUAAUUAUCUUUGUUUUUUUUUUAUAUUUUUUAAUAUUUAAUAAUCAUGAUUUUCUGAAUAUACAUAUUUAUGGUAUGUAAAAAAUAAAAAUAAGAUAUAAAAUGCAAUUAAGUUAACUCUUAAAAAUUGCUAGUAACAAAUAGUAUGCUCUAAGUCUAAAAAGAAUUUUGUAUGUGGAAAAGUUUAUAACCUAUUAAUAUUAUUUUAUAUCUUAUUCUUUAAAUAGUCAUUAACAGUAUAUCAUACAUUAUGUUAAUGGAAAGUAUUUAUUUAUUUUUCAUAUUAUAUAUACUGUUUUUUUACAAUGUUCAUAAUAGUUAGUCUUAAUUAAUCUACUUUUCCUGUUUUUCAAUAUAAUUAUUCAAA